AAAAGAGAGAAAGAAAGGGAAAAAGAGGAAAGAUAGGGAGGGAGAGAGAGCAAGAAAAACGAGAGGUAGAGACAGACAAGGAGAAAGAGACUGGUGAGAGUGUGCGAGUCGAUCCGUCUUGACAGAGAGAGAGAGAGAGAGAGAGAGUGGGGUGUAGUGUUAUGGGGGUGUAGUGUGUUACAGUGUAAAGGGGGUGGGGUGUGUGUGAGUGCAUCAUCAGUGUGUGUGUGUGUGUCCAGCUGCACUGUGUGUGUGUGUGUGUGUGUGUGUAUGUGUGUGUGUAUGUGUGUGUGCGCGCUCGCGCGCGGUUUGCAGUGGCGGAGCUGCAGGAUGGGAAGCUGAUCCACGGCGUCCAAUGCAUGCACGCGCUGCACGCGCGCGCGUGUCUGUGUGAGUGUGUGCGCGCGUGCGUGCGUGUGAGUGUGUGCGAGGGGGUCCUCGUGCAGGAAGAGAAGGAAGAAGAGAAGGAAAGGCUGCGCGUAGAAUUUGAAGUCUGACUGGCUGUGUUAACCCGCAUCCGAGCGUUCUCUUAACCAGACGUUCUCUCACUUCCUGGGAGGGAUGGACCCUGUGGAGAGGCAGCGAUGAAAACCCGAACUCACAAAGACCCGAUGCCCGUACGUAGCGGGCGCAGGAGGGGGGGCAGUGAGGAGAGGAGGGGCAGACGUCCUCACCCCAGCCCCUCUCGAGCAGAACGGAGCGAAAGACAAACGCAGAGAGCUGCGGGAGAGGAGCUGGCUGUGAGCUGCUUUAGCAGGCGCUCUCAGGGACACGAUUCGUCCGAGAGUGAGGGAGAGGACCUUGUACCCCCACCCAAGAGACAGAAAGUUCAGGACUCUUCAUCCAAUCCUCCAACUUCAACCCAUUCAACUGACACCACGACUUCAGCCCCAAACCCAACCUCGUGCAACAGCCAAUCGCGAGAGAGCGACAAUGAAGAUGGCCAGUCGCAAGGCAGCCGCAGUUCUGUCGGAGGAAGCCUAGCCAAUAGCAGCAGUAGCAUUAGCAGCGGGCGGGACAUUGAUCAGGACAAUCGGUCAUCCUCCCCAAGUCUCUCUGCCUCCCCAUUGGCCAGUUUGGAUUCUGAGUCAGACUCCCCGGACUCGCCAAAGCAGGGCAGUAAGACUAAAGACAGUGGAGCAUCUAAAUCUGGAGGGGAGGAGAGGAGGGGACAAGGGAGAGGGGAAGAGAGUGGUCCAGGGGAACGCAGAAAUGGUGAGGGAGGGACUGAGGUGGAUUUAUCCUCACUGAAAUCUCCAUCUUCCCUCUGUCCUCCCCACCGUGGAGACUCUUCGGCUGUUGCUAUGAGCGACAGUGGCAGCAGAAAGCCGUACUUCUCGCUCGACUCCAAACUGCCAACCAAGAUGGAGUUCUCUGGGCCUGUGGCAAGUGAGUCUCUGCACGGCUGCAGCCGCAUCAACCCCAAACCAGGCUCGCAGUGUGGAGGCAAAACAGGAGUGGGUGGGACAGAGUAUACGCAUGGUAACCCCACCGUUAGCCAUACUCCUUCACUCCCCCCUCCACCUGCUCUUAAGCCUCUGGAGGCGGGGCAGAAUGUUCCAUGUGACAUUAAAACAGAGAAGUCAGAGAAGUGUGACAAGGCUGCCCCACCCUCUCUGCUCCCACAAACUGUCUCCUUACCCCAGCAGGCCCCAGCCCCUCCACACACACAUCACUAUAGUCCUACUACCUGGUCAGGUGGCCAUGUCUCCAGCUGCCCCGGCAGCUGGGCAUACACUCGUUACCCAGGCGUCCACCAUGCGCCCCCUGUGCAACAGCAACAACUGCCUUCUGUCUACAACCCCCCCUCCUCCACCCGUCACCCCUCCCAUCCCCCAUACCUGCCUCACCUGCACCCCCACCCACACAGGGAGUAUCUGCCCAGGUAUGGUGGCCCGGCUGACCGAGAAAGGGCAGUGAGGGACUUUGGGAUUAAGGACAGUGGUGCUAGCACAAACAGCUGUGUCAGCACCUGCAGCACUGGGGCAACCAGUGCCAACCUGGGUCGGGACUUUGGGAAUCCGCCACCUGGUCAGAACCGGGACUAUAGCAGCAUAGGGCCUCAGGCGCCAGGCCGGGAUGGACCUCGAGAAGGUCGAGAAUAUGGUCCAGGUUUCAGAGAGCGGGACACUGGGAGAGACUUUCCCUUGCCAAACCAGCAGCACUUAGCACAGAGCCGUGAGUUUGGACCUGGAGGAGCAGGAGGUGGGGGGUGUCACCCUAGAGAUAAAGAGGGUAGAUGGGGAGAGUUUGCGGGGCCAAUGAGGGAAUCAGGGGGAAAUAGUAAUCUUAGUAACAGCAGCCAAGGAAACGUUAGCACUCCAAACACUGGUUUGCCUUCCGGGCAGCUGCUAAAUCGUGACCCAUCUAGUUCUCCCCAGAACAGCUCAACCCACCCUCCUUUGUCCACUUCGAACUCAGUCACCCCAAACAAAGACUAUCCAUCUUCAGCAGAGGUCAGUGUGCAGCAGCCCGGACAGGGGCAACCCAGUCAAGCCCCCUCCACAGGGACAGAGGCUCCCCCCACUGCACACUUCUUAAGGGAUUACCCCCCACCAGGAGCACCCCCUUCAUCUGUGCCUCAUCCUGGUGCAUCCAGGGAGUACCCUAGCCCUACUGGACUUGCUCCAAAUCUUGGUCGGGAGUAUGCGGGUGGACCGCCGGUGUCCCACCCACCUCACUCACACUAUGGGCUUCAGUCAGCCAGCCUGGCUGUGCAGUCCAGAGAGCGAGAGAGGGAGAGAGAGAACAGUGCUCCAGCUGCCCUCUAUCCCAAUCGCAUUCAUCCACCGUCUCUUUCUCCUUCUUCUUCUUCCUCUGCACAUGGCCAUCCGCCCUCCACCUCCUAUCCCCCUCCCCCUCUUCCUCCUCCACCCCACCCUCCAACUUCCCAUAGUCAGGCACCACCUCCUUCCACAAUUACAACCAGUCAUUCACGCCCAGGACCAUACCCUGCCUCCAGUCAGAGCCCGCCGACUACCAUCUCUCCACUCCCUAGCCCCUCAACCAGUCAAAUAGGAGGAUUCCCUUCGUUUCCUUCAACUUCAGCUCCUGCAGUGAACGUACCACUUCCUGCAUCGGGUGCAGUCACUUCCUGUCUCUCUGGCUGCAGACCUACCCCUUAUCAUAGCACUUUAAACAGUCAUGGCCCUUUUACCAGCUCUUACCACAGCAGUGGUAACAACAGCAACGCUUUGGCGACUAGCAAUACAAACAUUAUCCCCAACAGCAGCAGUAGCACCAACAGUCAUGCGCAGCUGCACUCUCCUCAGCACUCCAAAAUCCAGCCGCAUCUCUGCAGCUCUGCUCAAGGGACUGCUGUGCCGCCCACAUCUAUAGGAGCAGACAACCAUUCUGAUUCGUCCUCUUGUCCUUUGCCAAAACCCGUCAUAAAGGAGGAGCCAGUAGAUGAGAGGGAGGAGACCGAGAGCCCACCCGCUGUGCUCAGAAGCCCCUCCCCGGAGCCAAAACCUGUUGACAUUCCAAUUCAUGCCAGCCAAUCAGCUCGGUUCCACAGGGUACUAGAUCGGGGCAGUGGGAACUCCUGCGCCCGCACUGACGUUCUCUUUGUCCCGCUGGAUGGUUCCAAGCUUUGGAAGAAGAGGAACGAGGCCAUAGAGAGGGCACGCAGAGAAGUGGAGCAGAGAGCCCGAGACCUGAGGGAGAAAGAAAGAGAGCGAGAAAGGGAGAGGGAGAGAGAAAGAGAGAGAGACCUGGAGAGGCACUUGCAGCAGAAGGACAGUAACUGCAGCACUAAUGCAAGUCUGGCUGCUGCAAGUGCGCGUCAGGGCUCCUCUCUCUUCUUCUCCCCUCCUGCCUCCAUCCUCCUGGACCCUUCCGCAUCCUCCUCUUCCUGUGUAAACCCAUCACAUCCUGUGGUCCACGCACAGCACCAUGCUGCCCACCAUGCUGCGCAUGCACACGCCCUCCACCCCUCCCUCUCUCACUCCAUCCCUCACUCCCUCCUCCUGCCGUCCAUGGCUGGGGGAGCGGCGGUAAUGGGGGGCCCCCAGGGGCCACUGGGGAUCGGGCUCGGAGGCCCUUAUCUGGGUCCUGACACGCCAGCGUUGAGGACGCUGAGUGAAUAUGCCCGCCCACAUGCCAUGUCUCCACUUGGUGCUGCCAGUCGAGCACAGGCCCACCACCAUUUACACCCCCACCCACACCCCCACGUGCACCCAUCACUCUUUUUGCCCCAAUUUCAGAACCCAGCACUUGCUCACCCGCACCACCUUCCUGCAGAUGCAGCCACAGCAGCUGCAAUCCUGGGCUUUCUGUAUGGUGGCGGGCUCGAGGGAGGCCCUGCCCACCCAGGAGCAGGGCCCGGGCCGGGUGGGAUGGCGGGGGCUGGACUGGGAGGUGUGGGGUUUCCUCAUGCAGUGGCCGCCCACAGAGAGCGGGUGAAGUCUGGGUUUGAGUUUAAAAGUGAAGAGCGUGUAUACGAGCCAGCGCUGCCACUUGCGCACACACACUCACACACACACUCUCACUCUCUACUGCUGGCAGGCAGUGCUGGAGGUGGAGUCCCCAGCCGGGAGGUCGCACUUUAUGGAACGCCUCCACCUCCAGCCCCACCGCCACAGGCUAUCGCCACAGCGACUAGGAAUCCGAAUUCAGUUGCGCAAACUCUUUCGGCACCGCCCACUUCCUCUUUGCUGCCGCCCUCACUUCCUGUUCAUGCUCCGCCCACCGUAACCCCUGCUGCUCCUGCCCCUCCCCCACCACCUCCUCCUCCAGCCCCGCCCCCGCCUCCUGCACCCUCUGCUUCAUCUUUGCAUCACCCCUCCCCUCACUCCUCGCACUCCACCCCUCACUCUGCCACACAGGCCCCACCCCCUGAAGGAUACUUCACCCCCAGCCGCACCCCGCCCAGCACAGAGAGAGCGAGGAGCGUGGAGAGGGAGAGGGAAAGAGAGAGAGUGCUGACCAGCGGAGAGAGGGAGCGAGAGCGGGAGAGGGAGAGAGUUGUGCCAGCAGGAGGUGCAGUAGGAGCAGGAGGAGCAGCAGGAGCGGCUGCAGGUGGAGGAGGAGGAGGAGGAGAGUCUUUGGGAAGACUGCAGAUGCUGAAUGUGACUCCACAUCAUCACCAGCACUCACACAUACACUCUCACCUGCAUCUACACCAGCAGGAUACAGCGGCAGGGGGAGUGCACCCCCUGAUGGAUCCUCUGGCAGCAGGAGCCCCACUAGCACGCUUGCCAUACCCAGGAGCCACGCUGGGGCCUCCCAUCCUCUCUCACCCCCUCACAGACAGCGAGGUGCUCCGACAGCAGCUCUUCGGUGGUCCGUUCCGUGAGCUGCCCCAGCCCUCGUCUCUGGGGGGCUCCAUGUCUGCAGCUCAUCAGCUGCAGGCCAUGCAGCAGGCUCAGAGCGCCGAGCUGCAGAUCCAGAGACUGGCGCUGGAGCAGCAGUGGAUCCACCACCACCACCAUCACUCGCUUACACAGGACGAGUACUACAGCCACUUGAAGAAGGAGAGCGACAAAACGCUGUAAGAGAGCGAUGAGCCGAGAAACACAAGACAAAGUGAAGAAGGGGGAAAGUGCAAAUAAACAAGUGGAAUCGUGGCAGAAGUGGGCACUGAAGCGGAGGAUGAACUCCCAGCACACGUAUCACACUAGCAAACCUGAUAUGAACAGUUAAGAAAAUAUGUUAAAAACCUCUCAUAACCCAGCAGAGUGACGUUUGUAACAUCCUGAGAGGACCCGAGUGACCCCCCCCAUCAGUUCGCCUGAUGCACCGUGGGCCAGGCGGCAGGGUUUGGGCCGCGUUGAAGUAUAUGUACAGUAUGUUACACGAGAAAGAAUGUCUAAAGCAAAAGUUCUCUUUUAUGUCUUUGCAUGUAGCUAGAUACGAAAAAGCCCAGCGGGCUAAAAUCCGACUUUUUUUCUAGUGACUCCCUCGGCACUCUAAGAGAGUGGGUUUGGUAUUGAGUAUGCAUGUAAUCAACACUCAGCUGUCAUAUUCCCUUUCUUUGUAGUAUUGUUAUUAUUAAUAUAAAUGUUGUCUGUUUGUUAAUAAUUAUGUAAUUAUAUAAACAUAUUAUUUUGUGUUAUUUUUUUACAUUUUCAUGGUAUGGAUUAUUU